GAGGCUUCACUCAGCAACAGCUCAGAUCCAAACCGACAGCAGACACAGGCAUCAUCUCAGAGCAGCGGCUCGGCUUUGGCCGUUUUUACGCACAUUCUUUCGCACAAUAGCCGCCGUUUCUACGCACUGCAGGGUUCGAACCAUGAUUAAGAAAAUGUCUCCGUCUGAGAGCGACUUCGACAUCCCAGCCAAGAACUGCUACAGGAUGGUGAUUCUGGGAUCCACCAAAGUUGGGAAAACAGCCAUCGUCUCCCGGUUCCUCAACGGGAGGUUCGAGGAGCAGUACACGCCGACCAUCGAGGACUUUCACAGGAAACUGUACAGUAUCAAGGGAGACGUGUACCAGCUGGACAUACUGGAUACUUCAGGGAACCAUCCUUUCCCCGCCAUGAGGAGACUGUCCAUACUGACAGGUGAUGUUUUCAUCCUCGUAUUCAGCCUGGACAACCGCGACUCCUUCCAGGAGGUGCAGCGGCUCAAGCGCCAGAUCUUCGAGACCAAGUCGUGCCUGAAAAACAAGACCAAAGAGAACAUCGACGUUCCUCUGGUCAUCUGCGGCAACAAGGGCGACAGGGACUUCUACCGGGAGGUGCAGCAGGAGGAGAUCGAGCAACUAGUGGCCGGCGAUGAGAAGUGCGCUUACUUCGAGAUCUCCGCCAAGCGUAACGAGAACGUGGAUAAAAUGUUCCAGACUCUGUUUACAUUGGCCAAGCUGCCGCACGAGAUGAGCCCCGACCUUCACCGCAAAGUGUCCGUGCAGUACUGCGACAUGCUGCACAGGAAGUCCCUGAAAAACAAGAAGCUGAAGGACAUUGGGGAGGCGUACGGCAUGGUGACCCCGUGCGCCCGGAGACCCAGCGUGCACAGCGACCUGAUGUACAUCAAGGAGAAGGCGGUCGGCGGCGGCCACGGCAAAGACAAAGAGAGAUGCGUCAUCAGCUAAGAGACACUGUCAGGACCCUGAAUACUUGACACGGAUCUUUGAAAAGAUGGAGGAGCCUGGAUGCGUCCUGCGUGGCCGGCAGCGCACUAACUGACACGGGAGGAGAGAGAGUGUGUGUGUGGAGGCUGCCGACGCUGUGCGCUCCUGCUGGCCGUCUCCAAGGGCACUGACUGUGGACAGAGUGUCCACGACAGAGACUCCAAACACCAGUGCCCACUUGACAUUUAGGAAUGUUCGCUUCUUCUGUCGCUCAGUGUGUGACGUGUCUUCAUACCUUGUGAGACUCGAUGCGCUUUCACGCAUAAAAUGUGUGUGUUUUCAUCGACCUCAUGCCAUUUUGCACACACACAUACACACAGAGAGCAGAGCAGAGAGGGCGACUAUGAACUCAUCAAGUGCAAUGAUGGAGGAGAGAUGAUGCUGUUUACAUUAACUGAUCAUGACCUUUUAUAAUGGUUCAGUUUUUUACUGUUUUGUUGCAACAUGGACUAUUUCUCAAUGUGAAUGUGUAUUUAUUGCCAAUGUCACUUUUUUUGCUAUGAAGUCGAUGACAAUAAAAACUAAUGAAAUUAUA